GCGCGUGGGGCUCGCGGGCGGGGCGGCCCCGAGGCUGUUCUGGUGACUGCGGCCAGGGCUCGGGAUUGGGAUGCAGCUCCUGGACAGAGGAGCGGGACUCGGGCCGAAGCCGAGGGAUGACCAACGUGCGGGUGGCCGUGAGGGUCCGGCCUUUCAGCCAGAAGGAGAUCAAAGAAGAAGGAAGAAUUAUUGUGGAAGUUGAUGGCAAAGUGGCAAAAAUCAAGAAUUUAAAGGUGGAUAGUCGACCAGAUGGCUUUGGUGACUCCCGAGAGAAGGUGGUGGCAUUUGGCUUUGAUUACUGUUACUGGUCAGUCAACCCAGAAGACCCCCAUUAUGCAUCUCAGGAUGUGGUGUUCCAGGAUUUGGGGACUGAAGUGCUUUCUGGAGCUGCCAAAGGCUACAACAUAUGCCUUUUUGCCUAUGGACAGACAGGCUCUGGGAAAACAUACACCAUGCUGGGGACCCCAGCAUCUGUUGGUUUGACUCCACGAAUAUGUGAGGGUCUCUUUGUGAGGGAGGAAGACUAUGCCCAAUCAUCUUCCUCCUGUAGGAUAAAAGUAAGUUUCCUAGAAAUCUAUAACGAACGGGUGCGGGACCUGUUGAAGCAAUCUGAUCCAAAAAAGCCAUUUUCUCUGCGGGUCAGGGAGCACCCAGAGAUGGGACCCUAUGUACAAGGUUUAUCUCAACAUGUAGUAACUAACUACAAGCAAGUGAUUCAACUCUUGGAGGAAGGAAUAGCAAACAGAAUCACAGCAGCCACCCAGGUACAUGAAGCCAGUAGCAGAUCCCAUGCGAUCUUCACCAUUCACUAUUCACAGGCAGUCCUGGAGAACAGCCUUCCCUCUGAAAUUGUUAGCAAGAUCAACCUUGUGGACCUAGCAGGCAGUGAAAGAGCAAAUCCCAGUUACUGUAAGGACCGGAUUACUGAAGGAGCCAAUAUCAAUAAGUCUCUUGUGACCCUGGGAAUUGUCAUCUCCACUUUAGCUCAGAAUUCUCAAGGAUUCAGCAGCUGCCAGAGCCUUAGCAGCAGAGCCCUCAAUGCUGGUGACAGUAGGAUCCCUAAUUCUCCUUCUGGGACUAGCAAUGGAAGGGGUUCCUCCCAGAGACAGUCUUACAUCCCAUACCGGGACUCUGUGUUGACCUGGCUGCUGAAGGACAGUCUUGGUGGCAACUCCAAAACCAUCAUGGUUGCCACUGUGUCUCCUGCACACACUAGCUACAGUGAAACCAUGAGCACAUUGAGAUAUGCAUCCAGUGCCAAAAACAUCGUUAACAAGCCACGGGUUAAUGAGGAUGCGAACAUAAAGCUGAUCAGAGAGCUCAGGGAAGAGAUUGGAAGACUCAAAGCCAUGCUGCUGAGCGUCGAACUGAGAAACUUCAGUCCACUGAAUGAGGGAAAGGAUGAAAAUCUGAGGGAACUGGUUCUCCAAAAUGAACUGAAGAUAAAUCAGCUGACUAAAGACUGGACCCAGAAGUGGAACGAGUGGAAGGCCCUCAUGGAGCAUUACAGAGUAGACAUCAAUGGGAGGAAGGCUGGGGUGUUAAUUGACUCCAGUCUGCCACACCUCAUGGUUUUGGAGGAUGAUAUGCUUAGCACAGGUGUUGUGCUCUACCACCUCAAGGAGGGGAUAACAAAAAUAGGAAGGAUCGACUCAGACCAGGAACAGGACAUUGUCCUACAGGGUCAAUGGAUUGAGAGAGACCAUUGCACUAUCACCAGUGCCUGUGGGGUAGUCAUCUUGCGGCCUACCCGGGGCGCCCGCUGCAUAGUCAAUGGCCGGGAGAUCACUGCCUCCUGCCGUCUGACCCAAGGAGCUGUCAUAACCCUGGGGAAGGCACAGAGGUUUCGAUUCAACCACCCGGCAGAGGCUGCUGUCCUGCGGCAGAGAAGACAGGUGGGAGAGGCUGUUGGCUGCAGUGGUUCUUUGGAAUGGCUGAACCUGGAUGGAGAUGUCACUGUGCCCUGGCUGGGGCUCUGCCCAUCACUUUGGAAGAAAAGUGUUUUCCUGAAUCGGGAUUCCUCCACUAGGUUGCCUCCUCUGCAUGACCCUGCUUGCCACACAUCAGAGAAAACUUUAUCAGAUGAGUACUUGUCCCAGUCUGUUUCUUACCCUCCAGGGUCAGGUCAUUUCAGCAAGAAUGCCCUCCGUUCCUCAGGUGAGAGGCAGCUCUGUUCAGUCAGGUGGGCCUUGGACAGGAAGGGAGCAUCAGCCCCAGGCACCUGCCUUCCCAUGAUCUCUGAGUCUGCCAGUACCCAGGAAAUGGAGAGAGUGCAUAGACAGCCCCGCCGGGGGUUGUUCCAGAGCUCAACAUCACUGUGUCAGUCAACUAGCAAGCUAAAUCCGAUGGACAAUUCAGAAACCCUCACCCUUUGCCCCCAGACCAGGAGGGCUAAAAGACUCUCGUACUCUGACCAUACAUUAACAGAGUGGCAAAAAGAAGGGCACCCAGGGACCUGUAAGGCUGCUAGGGCAACUGACUGUUCCUCACAUCCUCGUGUUUCCAAAGAAGCCGCUAGGUGUGCAAAGACAGCCAAGCCCUUCUGCAAAAACUCUAGACCACCUUUUCCAAGCAGACUGUUAAAAAGGCCACAGAUUGUGCAGGCAGCUAGGGUCAGAGACAUUGUUAACCACUCCUGUCAUUUGCCCCAUGGCAGCCCUUUGAAGAAACAACACAGUGCAGGGGACUCAGACACCAUUACCUCACUCACAGAUUUUCCUCUCAUAGUGGAGCAUGAAGGAGAAAAAGAUGGUGAGUUAUCUGACACAGAUAGCAGUUACUCAGAGGAUUCUCUCUCCUGCGUAUAUGCCAAAACCCUGUCAGAGCCACCGAAGCCUGAGGAUCUGCAGGGGCAAGAACAGGAUCUUCCAGAGCCAGACAACCACGAAAGUGACAACAGCCAAAUAUCUGAGGACUCACUGGCCGAGAAGGGGUCCCAAAGCCCACAAGCCGUCCCCGGGGACAGUUAUCUCAUCAGCCACUUGAGCCACUUCAGAGCCAGAGCGAGGGCUUUUGGGAGGAACUUCAACCCCUCCUUAGACACUGGACUACUGUCUCAAGAUCACAGGAGCUUUUCGCUGGACAGCCUGGUGGAUGCCGAGGAAGAACUGGAGGAAGACCAACAAGAAGAGUCUUUCUUUGGUUCAUCUGAUGAGAGACCCACAGAGUCGUUUUGGCACCUGCAGACAUUUGGUUUGCCCACGGUGGGCCAGGAAACAAGAUGCAAGCUUAGUCACAUCAACCACCAAAUAGGAGCCAGGUCAGCUACCACCUGGCCCACAGGUGGCUCGUUUUACCUGAAGUCCCACUCCCAGCCUUACUCUGAGCAGCCUGAGUCAGAGGUGGAGGCAAGCUCCUCAGAACAAGCCAGCCCUCUCCAAGUGGUGCAGCUUUCAAGAGGGAGCCCUCUGGCAUCUAUGGACUCCUGGUUUUCCUGUGACUCCAGGAUUCACCCCAGUAGCCCCCCAGCAACAGUGGACCCUUUAUGUCCAAGUCCUAACCAGCAGGAAUUUGAGGCCUCUGGUUGUGGAGGGCCUGAAUACCACCUGAAUAUGGGAGACCCAAAGCCAUCAGGCUCAGAAAUUGCCCUUUCCUCUAACUCCAAACUGCUCCACGAUGGUACUGAGCAGACCUGCAGUGUCAGAGAUGCAUACACAGUGCAUUCUCCUUCUGAUGUGUUCAGACUGUCACUCUGCCAGUCUCACAGUCUCCUUCAGCCAGGAGCUGAUGGCACCUUUCAAGCCAGAGUUAGCCCUGGAAUGGCCCAGCCAGGCAACUCUGAAGUAUCUAACUCUGCCGUCUCAUUCUCUCAUGUAAGCAAUGCCUGUGAGAAAGACUGGGCUGUCCUUCAGCAGAAGUACCUCCUUGAACUGUCUCAUCCCAUUUUGGAGGCUGUCAAGGAGCCUAGGCCAGCUAUCCCCACCCUUGACGAAGAAUCCAGUUCCCUCACCCAAACUUCGGACAAAGGAGGACAUACUCUGGAGGUAUCUGGCAGUAUGGACUUCAACAAUCUUGAUGUCCACUUCUCUAAAAUUAGGCGUUUGAGGGCAGAGAAAGAACAGGACAGUUUGAGUGUUGAUCUAGAAGGCACUUCAGACUUCUUGACAACUAGUGAGAAAGAGGCGAGUUACUCAGCUGAUAUAGAAUCACUGAAUUCUGGAACCGCAAGUGCACAGAUCUUUGCAGUGGAGAGAAAGACAGCAGCUACCAUGAUAGAAGCACAUGAAGUCAAGCAGAACAACUUGGAAGAGUGUUCUCAAGAAAGCAAGAUACCUAGACCGACAGUUCCCUCUCAUGAAAGUUUCUUCUUAAAGACCUCUUGUCACAGUAGUAAUGUCACCACAGCCACCAAAGACUAUUGGCCCCAAGACUGGAGUCCUCCCAGGAAGAAUAGUGCAGAUAAACCAGAGCAGUUAAAUCACCAUCCCCUGCAGGAAGAGAAAGCAGACUCCCAGCCAGGUUCCAAGGAAGUUGUUCCAGAACACAGAGAUGCUUCCUUUCCCUUUACAUCAGGUCCAGAGCUGUACCUCCAUGCUGCUCCCCAGAAUCCAUUCUCAGCCUCCCUGCAGCCACCUCUCUUGGAAACGUUCUAUGUGACCAAAAGCCGAGAUGCUCUGACAGAAACUGCCUUAGAGAUUCCGGCUUGCAGAGAAGCACGAGUGCCAUCCCCACCCCCUAGGGAAGCUUGGGGGUUUCACCAUGACUUCCAAGUUCACCAAAAUGAAUAUUUCAAGAAGAUUUUUCCAAUGCUGUUAGAAAACCAGAAUCCCAAAGUUGCCUCAUCACAACAGGUCACAGCAGAGAGGCCAGUCGAUAUGAAUACCAGAGAAGGUAGCAGAGAAAUUGUGAAAUGCCCUGAAAAUAUUAAAGAAGAAAGCCAGAAUUCCUCUAUUUAUUUUUCAGCUGCUCAGAACAAACAUUUUCUCCCACCUACUGGCACAAAUAGAUGUGACUUUGAAAAUCAAGUUGGAAUUUUAAAUAAACAGAGUCUGCUAGCAUACAAGGAGGGCAAAAAUGCCACUGACCCGUCCCACUACAGGUUUCCCAUAGACUGUUCUGAAUAUAGUAGACCUCUCUUUGUAUGUGACUCCGAAACUGGAGAGCAGGGUCCUAAUGCACUCCCUAGACAGAGCCAGACCAUUGAGGAGAACAAAAAGUUUCCUUCUGCAGCUAGGCCUAAUUUCAAGAAAAUUACCACUUUAGACCUUGACAAAGACGUGCUAAAGGAAUCUGCUAUUAAUUUGAAGUCCAGAUUAGUGCAUCAUAGAGAAAUAAGCCCAGAGAUAGUGGCUCAGGAUGAAAGUGUGACUCACAAGAGCAAAGGAAAGACUGGAACUAGGCUUGCAAAAAAAUUCCAUCCCAGAGACCCCUCAGCAGAGUUUACACUUUCAGGAACAGAUGCUGCUUAUGAAAGAUUCCAGUUAGCUCCAUGCUCUCAGGAAAGAAGCCCUGUUGAACACAGGGACUCUGGAAAGUUACAAGGAACAUUAAACCCCAAAGGAGAACAUCCUGGAAAGGAACAGAAUAAAAGAGCUAAUAAUGCUGAUGAAAUGGCUAGAUUACUGAGGAGUGUGAUACAGCUGGAAAAUGGCAUCUUGGAAAUUGAAUCCAAGCAGAGCAAGCCGCUCUCUACCUCCUACCCACUGGAAGUCAGUGAGAGGUUUAUAUUCCAGGGCCAGAAGGACCAGGAGACAGCUGACCUCCAGAUGCCAGAAAGCUCCAAAAGCCAUUUAUUCUUCAAGGAUCAAUUAUCUUCUUCCAAACAGACAGAGAAUGAUAUCUUUAGAGAUAGUGACCCCAGAGAAAUGGAAGUGAGCAGUAGCGCUGAACACGAUCCCCAGGUUCAUAAAAUCACCCUGAGCCCCAUGAUGUCACAAGAAUGUGUGCAGGACAUUGAUAUUCAGACAGAGCACACCCACCCAGCCGCAUUAGACACAUCCUCCACAGACACCUGUGAUCAUUUAGGGACAUGUACAGAUUCCAGUGAGUCUACCAACACUUGUGUUAGCCUGAGAGGAAUGGAAACAUCAGCUCGAGCUCUGCCAUCGCAGCCCUGGCCCAGCAGGUCUAAUGAAAACGAUGAAUUUGUGAAAGUGUCAACAAGUCCCAGAGGGCAGCCCUGUGGCUUGGGAAGUCUUGAGCAACUGGAGACUACAAAGCGGUUCCAGGAAAGCCACACUGCUGAAUGCAUAGUUAGUUCUAAGCCAGGGGAAUCAGAAGUUAAAGGGAGAGUUCAAAUGAGCAUACAGAGCGGGUGGCACCUUAAGGAAGAAAACAAAACGGUCCUCUCUGUUCAGAAACUUGCUAGUAGAAACCAUUAUUGUACAGGCACAUCUUCCAGCCAGGAAAAUGACCCUUGGCUUAGUCUAACGAGUUCUUCUACAGCUCCUUCUCACCAAGACCUGAGCAGCACCUUACCCUUGAAUUCUCCACAGUUACCAAGAAGCUGUCUUCAUGCCCCUGUCAAUAUGGACGUCUCUUCAGUUGAUCCCAUAAUGUUGAAAAGCCCUAAAAGCCCCUUUGUAACAGAUACAGGGCAUCAAGAUCAGAAUGGAGAAACAGGAAACCAUAGCCCUCAGGAAGCCAUUAGAGGGCACGUCUCCAUGGCACACACUGCUAGGUGUGGGUUUGUAGUUUUAGAGGUCAUGGGAUCUGACAGUCAAUCUAGUGCACCAGAGAGCACUCCCUUGGGGACAGAGAGCAGAAUGUCAACAAGCACCAGCACCCAAGACCAAGGCGGGGACCUCAGAAGCAAGGGCUUGUGGACCAGAAUGGGUCCUGCUGCUGAAGCUGAGACAGCUGCACACACACAAAGAACCAGUUCUCCGAAUAGGGAAAAACAAUUUGAAAAGAGAACCACCUGCCCCUUAGAAGAGGACAGGGAGGCAAAGCUAAAGGCAGCAAAGGAGCCCCAGGACUUCAGUGAUGCUUUCUUGGCACCUGUAUUCCUGCCAGUGGUUCUUAGCUCUGAGUCCUCUGCCUGUCAUCUGUCCACAUGCCCAGGUAUGUUGGAGGAGAGCAGACAGGAAAAGGCCCAGGGGGAGCAGCUUUGUGGAUUUGUGACUGGGGGCACGGUCCGUCCUUCCUAUGAGACUCUCUUAGAACCUGAGUGUUCUUCAAGGGCUCCUAGCAGGCUUCAGUGUCACCCGAUGGCCCCGUCAAUGUCUGAUAGAACCAGGAAUCAGGGUAAAGCACAGAGACUUCACAUAGCAUCUUCCUGUGCUGAGCCAGGACAUCUGCCAGCUGAAGAGAAAAAAAUCCUCCAGGCCACAGCCCUUUCUACAGACAACUUCCAGCCUCUGCCCCACACUGAAGCUAAUGCACAGCCAUGGCUUCCCUCACAGACUUCCUCCAGUACUGCCCCUGCUCUAGGCAAAAGUCAUUGUCCUGGGGGACCAAGGCAUUUCCUGGGAGCAGGUGAACAGUUCGUAUGUCACUCUAGUUCUUCUGAAAUCAGAGAAACAACCAAGUCACCUUCCUUCACUGGUCCUUUGGAUUCUGAUAGCUUUCCUUCUUCAUCAGCUAUGGAGAACAGGAGGCUAAUACACAAGAAAGAAGGGAUAGUUCUGUCUUCUCAGGUCCCUUCUGAUGAUGCUGGAGUGGUUCCACUUAGACAAAGCCCAUUAUGUGCUUGGAGUACUACAGAGGACAGAUCUUCUGCCAGUCAGGAGAGCAGCCACGUACACCAGGAACCUAGAACACUGGAUAACACAUGUGAAGGAAGCUCAGAUAAUUUCUUGGUGGGUACACAGGGAGGUAAAACAACAUAUUUUAAAAGUCAAAUUGUGCCCUGUGAUCAGAAUUCAAGUCUUUCAGGGUCAAGCCAAGAUCAUGUGCCAUGCCUUGAGGCUUCUCCCAGCUUAGAAGGGCAGGCAAGGCCCAAACAAGGUGCUGUUUUGCAUGGACCCUUGAGAAGGCUGGAAUUGGAAGACUUAGCACAGUGUGUGGAGCGGGAAGGGAGUAUUGGUUACAGGCUGGCAGAAGCCUACAGACCUGGCAGCACACUUCCUGUGCCAGUUCCAUGGCCAGAUCAAAGAACUAGCCCAGCUCCCAAGGGAGUCAGAGAGGAGGAGGGCCUGUGCAGCUGCCCAGAGCCAGCCUCGGAUUUUGACACCUCGUCAGGGGGCACUGAAGUCAACAGGAACAUCAGUUCCUCUGGAAGGCAAGAAUAUGGCAGAACUCUUCCUCACCAGUGGCUCCGCAGUCCUCAACCCAUCACUUCUCAUGCCUGUUCCUCCCCUCCACUGUGUAACAGAGAGGGCGACCUGGGAAAGAGGACCCCCAAGGUUGUCCCACACCCUCCCCACCCACCCUGCAGAGCAUCUGCCAGGACCUGUGGAGCAGAUGAGAGAGGAGAAAGCUACGCCAGGGAUCUGGACGUGUCCCUGGUAGGUGACCUUAAGUUCAAGGGCAUUCAUGAGGAAUUUGGGCCACCAGACAGCAGCACCCCAGACCCCUCUUCUCAAGAUCCAGGCCACAGCUCAUCUUCUGCUCCUGAUGUAAAGACAUGUUCCUUCAACCACUCAGUUGCUGAUGGAAGCUCAAGGUUGGUAAGCGAUCCUGAGGAAAAAGUUGCUAAGAACAAAGCCGGAAUAGAGCUUCAAGCUACCCCUUUCUCUGCUGGCUUGUCCUCUGAGACAACAGGGCAAUUUCAGGACAGCUCUGUAAGUGGCUCUAGCGCUCUGGGGUGUCAAGCCAAGGCAAGGCGUGUGGGAAGUGAGCUGGCGGUGGAACCACAGCAAGUAUGUUUAGAAAGUGCCAUCAGAUGCCUUCCAGAAAAGCUACAACUUUCUCCCAAGUCCAAGGAUCCUGGUGCCUUAGAGCUCCAAGCCAAGUUGCUAGCAAAGCUAAAACACAUCCCCGCUCCCCUGGCUGACAGCCUCUGGGAGGAAGAGGAGCAGCAGAGAGACCAAGCUUCAGGAAGUACCCAGGGCAGGUUCACUGGCGGCCCACCACCUCCCUGUGAAAGUGGCCUGCAAGAUGGUCAGGUUAGAGAUGCAGGCAGAGAAAAGCCUGUAACCAAGAGGCCAAGUGGAGGCCCGCUUGCCCAGAGCCCUGGCCGUGAGCAGCCACGUCCCCCUCGCAGGCCCUCACUUCCUGUGCUUGCACUCUGCAUUGGCUCCCAGCAUUCCAAGGUCUCCCCAAAGUCCCAUUUCUCUGUGAUUAGCUCUUCCCGGUCUCUUCAGGAACUGAACUUGAGCGUGGAGCCACCCUCCCCCAUACAUGAGGACACACCAGAACCUAACAGAUUGUUGGACCCACAGCUCGGGGACCACUCUCUGGGAAAGUCAGAUUCCAGAGCAUCUCAGAAAGCUGAGGGCUGCCGUCAGAAGGCCACAUCUAAGGUAGCUAGACAUACUGCUAAUCACAGGCCCCAAGAGCCUGCCAGCCCUCCCUACCCUACUUCAUCUACUCUCUCAUGCAUGCCGACCCCCCAGACCCCCCAUUUCAUAGCCAGCGGGGUGUCCAGUGUGUUGGAACAAGUACAGCAAAGAAAGCCAGAAAACCUGGGGGACCAGGCCAAGCCAGAAAAAGGACUCUCAGAGGCAGACAAAGAAAUGCUGUACUUUGGCUCUAGUGACACCAAUCCUUAUGUCUUGCACUGGCGUUCAGAGGAGCCCACCUGCAUUGGCUGGAAGCCAUAUGUUUUCAGCAGUUCAGUUGAUGUCUCCCACAGCCAGACUCCCCAGGGCCCUACAUCACUGAGCAUGGUACGCUGCUCCAGCGUGGACAAAGGCCUGGAGCGGAAUUCCUCAUCCCACUCCCACCUGAGCACCUAUGCCAAUGCCCGGAGCCUGUCAAGCACACACAGCAGCAUUGAAAACGCUCGAGGCUCAAGUGAGUCCUGGGAGAUUUGGGCCUCCUCGUUUGCCUUGGGGUACCCCCACAUCUCGACAGACACUGAAGGCAGGGCCCCUGCUAAGGGUGCUGACAAGAAAGGCCAGUUCUUGGGCCCCCCUGGAGAAGCAAGCUGCCUAAAGAGCAAGUCCUUGGCUGGAGGAAGUGCCACCGGAUCCAUGGAUGAACUCGUGCUACUGUGUCCCUCAGAGGCGGGUGACCCAGCAGGUCAGGGCAGGAUGCACACGUUGGAGCAGAGCACACAGACCCUGAGCUGGGGCGGCGGCGAGGUCUCUGCUCAGCCAGAAGGCUGUGUGGUGCCGUUCUCUGACCUGGCCUCCUGGACUAGGAUGCACAACCUUUCUGUCCACCUCUCCCAGCUCCUGCACAAGUCCUCCGAGCUGCUCGGCAGCCUGUCCCAGCCAAGUGCCGCUGAAAAGAAGGACGCGAAGAGAGAGACCCCAGAUGAGUCUCCUCCGGCCCGUAUGAUGGAUGGCUGCACGCAGACCACCAAGGAUGAGAGUGUCCAGACUGACUCCCCACCUCUGUCUCUCCUGGCCCCAGAAGCCAGCCCUCAGAAAGUUAGUGCAGUCCUUCAACAGCUGAACUCAGGUCUCUUGACCCCAUCUCAAGAAAAGGGACAGGAGCCAGAGCCACUUCAGAAGAGAGAGACAGAAGUGGUGUGGGAAGCAUCAGGACCCCUGGUACUUCAGAAAGAAAGCCCCAACUGGAGACCCCAGAGUCUCCCUAUACCUUUAACUCCCUUCAGUGCCCAUAAAGCCACCUGUGAGCAGAACCUCCCUUCUGAGAGUCCUCGGGCUUCUCCUGAUGUCCCCCUGCUUCCCGACUUGCAGCCAGAGGAACCCCCCUGCCUGGAUGUCAGCAACUGCAGCCUCCCUCACUCCCCUGGGCCCUGCCCACAGACUGUGGAGCCUGCUGGGGAGCCAAGUGUCCAGAAGGAGCAGGGUCCCUCAAAUGCCUUGUUGGUGGACAGGGCCUCCUCCCCUAUCCUCAUACUUAGUGCCAGCACCCAUGGAUCUGGGGUCCCCCUAGACUCUUUGUCUCUUGCAAACCGCUCAACCGACUCCCCUGAGGGUCUCCAGAAGCCUAGCUCCAGUCCAGACCUCCCCCUAAACGCCCCCAGGCCUCCCCUGGAUAGUUGUUCUCACAGCAUCAGUGAGCCAGGCAGCUCCCCCAGAGUGGAGGCUCCAUGUGCCCAGGGCAAAGGCCUCUUGGAGAGGAGCCAUGGCAGGUCUUUUCUUGAGGUAAACUCCCCAGGCAGCUCACAGCAGAGCUUGAAACCCCAAGUCCGUUUCUUAGAUCAGCUCCCUCAGCAGCUUGAGCCCAGGACCACCACCUGGCUCCCAAGCAGACCACCACUGAGAAGCAGGAGUCAGGGGCUGGCUGAUAGCUUUGAGCUCCAGGAUGUAGCUUUCCAGGAGUGUAACCCACUGAGCAGUGGAGGGCCAGGUCGCUGGCAGAGCAGGACAGAAAGUGGGAGUGAGACUUCAGCAUCCCCGGUGAAGCCACAGCCCAUUCUAGACCAUUCCUCUUCCUGGAGAGGCCACCAGGACUGCAGCCCAGGCCCUGGCCCUGUUUCUGAGCCGGCAGAUACCACAGGGCUUCAGGCGUCUACCUUGGGCCUGACUGAAGGGCUGCUGCGCCCCAGCUCCCAGAGAUGCAUAACCCCCGAGUCCCAGUAUCACAGCCUGAAGGAGCUCCCAGUGCAUAACAAAUUUAGUAACUGGUGCGGAGUUCAGGAUGGUUCUCCGGAGGGGCUAAGUAUGACGGAGUUGCCAGGGACCAGAAGUGACCUCAGUUCUGGGGAGCGUGGGGAUCAGAGACCCCCACAUCCUCCUGAGCACCAGAGCCAGGAUUCUGAGCUGUCCCUGAGAGAACAGAUCCCCCUGCAAGUUGGGAGCCAGAACCUCUCACUCAGCCUGGAGCUCACAGAAGCAAAACUGCACCAUGGUUUUGGGAAAGCAGAUGCCUUGCUGCAAAUGCUGCAGGAUGGGACUGGGGACGCGCUUGCGGAAGAGGAGCCUGCGCCGCCCACCUGGGGGAAACGCCAUACCCGGCAAAGUCAAACCAUUGACAGUUGUUCAAGGGAGCGAGCUGAGCGACUUCAGAUUUUCCGCCGGACACGGAGCCUCAGUCCCCUGAAACAGCUGAACUCCCUGCCCAGCAGAGACCUCCCCACCCGGGACCUUGACUUGCCCAGUAGGCGUCAAGAAUACCUGCAGCAACUGAGGAAAGAUGUUGUGGAGACCACCAGGAGCUCAGGGUUGACAUCCAGGCCUGCUCAGUCCUCUGACAUACAGAUGCUGCUCCGAGACUAUCAGCAGGCCCGUGAGGAGGCCAAGGUGGAGCUUGCUCGGGCCCAGGCCCGUCUGUGGGAACGGACUGAACAGGAGAAGCUGAGGAUCCGCCAGCAGAUCAUGUCCCAACUGCUGAAGGAAGAGGAAAAACUACACACCCUGACCACCCCCAGCUCUCUGUGCACCAGCUCCAAUGGAAGCCUCUCCUCUGGGCUCACUUCUGGCUACAAUAGCAGCCCAGCCUUGCCGGCCCAACUCCAGUCCCCAGACAGUGUGGGAGACACAAACAUGCUGGACCCCAGAGACUCCUGGGCAGGGGAUGUGGGAGGCUCCUGUGCAGUGAGGAACAGUCACUUGAGUCUGGCCGGGGCCGCCUGGAAGAGCUCAGCCUACAGCAGCAGAGCCUCGCUGGGCAGUUGCUGCUACUCUCCUAGUCUCUCCGGCAUAUGGUCCUCCUCCUCCUCAUCCUACCAGGAUUUGGCCAAGCACAUCGUGGACAUCUCCAUGGCAGAUGUGAUGGCUGCUUGCUCAGGUAACCUGCACAACCUCUUCAGUCGCCAGGCAGCGGCAGGCUGGAACUACCAGGGAGAGGAGCACGAGGUGAAGCUCUACUACAAGGUGUUUUCAUCCACCCGACAUGGCUUCCUGGGGGCAGGAGUGGUGCCCCAGCCGCUGUCUCAUGUGUGGGCAGCUGUGAGUGAUCCCACUCUGUGGCCGCUGUACCACAAGCCCAUCCAGACAGCGAGACUGCAUCAGCGGGUGACCAACAGCAUCAACUUGGUGUACUUGGUGUGCAGCCCCACCUUGUGUGCCCUGAAGCAGCCCCGGGAUUUCUGUUGUGUCUGUGUGGAAGCAAAGGAGGGACACCUGUCUAUCAUGGCAGCUCAGUCUGUGUAUGACACCUCCAUGCCGAGGCCCAGCAGAGAGAUGGUCCGAGGGGAGAUCCUGCCCAGCGCCUGGAUCUUGCAGCCUCUCACCGUGGAUGGGAAGCAAAUCACGAGAGUCGUCUACUUGGCCCAGGUAGAACUUGGUGCUCCAGGCUUCCCGCCCCAGCUCCUGAGCUCGUUUGUCAAACAGCAACCGCUGAUUAUAGCCAAACUGGCUUCCUUCCUCGGCAGUUAGCAUCGCACGGUCAAGAUGGUGCUGCUGAAAUGCAGGCCCAGGGAGACGCUGGGGCAGACUUCCUCUGCAAGCUCCGGGGCGACAUGCUGUAGCCGACUGGGGAAUCAGUACUCAGUCCCACGUUGCCGGAGAAACCCAAACCCAUUCAGUACUUGGUCUUAGCUGGCACCAACUGCAGGAGGGCAGUAGGAUUAGAGACCCUGUCCCCUGGCUGUCCAGUGUGAACAAAGCUACUUCACCUGGGUCUCUUCACCUGCUUCCUACCUCAGCACACUUCUCUGGACCAGGAUUGGGCACAGCCCGUUGAGCUGGAAGAGGGCAGCGCUUCCCUUGAACUGUUGCUGUGAAGCAGCCAUUGGUCAAGACUACUCAGAUUCAGCUCCACCAUGGAGUGGAGUGUUUAAAAAUAACGAAACAAAAAGUUAAAAAAACAAAACUCAGAAUUAUUUCUCCAAAAAUGCUUGUUAAUUCUUACUUCCCACUCCAGAAGGACAUUUGGGUCUCUGCUUCAUUUGGGAGAGUCGUGCAGUACUGUAUGGAGCUCUCACCCUCAACAUCUCAGACGGGAAGACCGCUGUCACAGGUCGGACGGGUCUGGGUAGAGGGCCGGCAGAUGCUGACUGCUGUCAAGGCCAGAGGCAUUGCAGAGAAGGGAAGACAGUGAAAGCUCCGAGAGUAGGUAAGUGGUGUCAGGCAGCUCGCUUCUACUACUUACCUCUCCUUACCUAUUCCAGGAAGGGAUGGAGUAGAAAAUGAGCUGUUUUCUUGUUCCUUAGCCCGGCUGAACUUGACUAUUCUGUAUGGUUUUCUAGAAAUGGUGGGAGUGGAAGAGGCCCACAUGGGGAUGAAAAAAAUGUAAUCAGGUAAAAUUUCUGCAGUGCCUCAGGUUUAUUUUUCUAAAAAUGUGGAUUCCCCCCUUACCUCAGAUUGUGUUUAUUUUUUGCUUAACUUUUUUAUUUGGUGACAUAUUUAAUGCCCUAUUUAUGUAUUCCCAUCUGUUUUCAAGCAAGUCUCUCAUGACUAUUGACUUGUAAAGGUCAAUUUACAAUUAAAAGCUCUGUGUACUUUUA